AUGAAGGAAGCCUUUGGUGCAACACCUUCAUUUCUUUUGUGGCUCAGGUACAGCACUUUUUUGGUGAUGUAUCCCAUUGGUAUCAGCAGUGAAGUUGGUCUCAUUUAUCUUGCCUUGCCUCACAUAAAGGUGUCUGAAAAAUUCUGCAUAAGGAUGCCCAACAAAUGGAACUUCUCCUUAGACAACUUCUACAUCGCUUUCAUUGCUCUUGGAAUCUACGUCCCAGGUUCUCCCCACAUGUACAGGUACAUGCUUAGCCAAAGGAAGAAGGCUCUCUCGAAAUCAAAGAGGGAAUAG